AUGUCUUCUGAACAACAAUCACAAUCCGAAUCAUCGAAUCCCUCCAACACUGACAGCACUGGAAACUUCGCAAAUCUUCCUCGUGAGCUUGAUGAUAUGAUAUGGUCUCAAGUUCCAGUAAUCUCAGGCCCACGCUUGAUCAAAAUUCGUGCCGAUCCCGAUGUUCAGACCGUAAUUCUUUCCCACCACAGACACAUGUUCGAUCAUAAGAUCACAAAUCCUCAGAUUGUGAACACCGCGAAGGACACCUUUAUGUUCAAUGGGAUCAGUCGGUUAAAUGAGUAUGUUCAGCAUACGGGAGCUAUUAUCACCAAAACUGGUGCAGUGUACUCGGAGCCUGCGUGCUAUCCAACAAUGCAGAACCUAGUAGUCAGACUAUUCCUAGAUAUUGGAAACCCGGGCUCAGAACCAUAUUCUGUCUGGCUCAACCGUCUUCGCGAGGAAAUUGAUUUCGACAAGUUUAUCUUGGAGAAAAUUCUACGCGAGCUUCUAGAGUCUGUCAGUAAGGUACAGAGUCUCAAAAAGAUAUAUCUCCUGACUGAAGAGGAGCAGAUGCCGGGACCCAGACUUGUUGAGCGGAUUGAUGGUAGGCUCAUGGAUCUUUUUGCAGAAGACGAUGAGUUGCAAAGACGCUAUGGGGAGGGUCUAAGAAUGCCAGAAGUUGUGUGCCUAACGAAGAUGGAAUUUCCAGUGGAGUUGGUGAGAGUAGCUCGCAGAUACGCUAGACCAUGA